ACUUGGGUUGGUCAGUCGCACCCGUGACUUCGGUUGCUUCGGACGGUUCUUCAGCGCAAGCAGAGGUUGUUCGCGGGGAUUUGACAGUGGAUGUGGUGUUUGGAUGCUGCAAGAACAUAAAGCAUAUUUAUUGGAGAAGUAGUUUGCUUGUGAAAUAGGCACCGAAAGCGGUUGGAUUGGUUCAAAAUGAGUACCUGCUACGGCUGCAAGGAACCAAUCAAGGACAAGGUGCUGGAAGCACUCAACAAGUCCUGGCACCCGGAGCAUUUCGCCUGCAAGGAGUGCAAAAAGCGCAUCAUUGAGAACAAGUUCCACGAGAGUGGCGGUCAGCCGAUCUGCUCCAAGUGUAACGAUUCCAAGGUCCAAGCCAUCUGUGCCGCGUGCAGAAAAAUUAUCACCGAGAAAGUGGUGAAAGCAAUGGGCAAAGCCUGGCACCUGGAGCACUUCAUCUGCGGCGGGCCAUGCAAGCAGCAGCUGUCCGGGCAGACGUUUUUCGAACGCAACGGUAAGCCGUACUGCUCGGCUGACUACGAACGGCUCUACGCACCAAAGUGCGGCGGAUGCAAGAAAGCUAUCGCCGAGAAAGCCCUCUCCGCUUUGGAUGCCAAAUGGCACAAGGAUUGCUUUAAGUGCAAGCUUUGCAAAGAGCCGAUCGGGGUGGACUCCAAGUUCCGCUCCGACAAGGAUAAACAACCGAUUUGCGAAAAAUGCGGCGUCUAGAUCCGUGAACCGGGGUUGAUCCGGUCUGAACACGUUUCCAUCUCUCAAUCUUGAAAGUUUAACCGAAAAAAAAACAACAUCGAGCAAUCAUGCAAGGAAAAUGUCCUCUCUCUUUACUUCUCAACCAAUACAAUUAUCGCUUCUGACGCGCUGUUUGUUACUACUAGCUUGUUAUCCAACCAAAGUGUGUUUAUGGCAUUAUUUAUGCAUGUAAAUAAAGAGUAAGAAACUA